AUGAGGUCUUCCCUACUUUUACUAGCUUGCCUCUUCCUUGCGGUGGUCGUCUUGGUGCGGGCGCAGAGGAGGAGGAAAGGAAACCUUCCUCCUGGUCCUGAACCUUGGCCUUUGAUUGGCAACAUCUUUGACCUGACGUCAAAAGAACUUUGGGUCAGAGCGUCCGACUGGGCAAGUAAAUGGGGUGACGUCGUUUACCUCCACGUCUUCGGCCAAGGCCUGCUCUUCCUCAACUCCUACGAAGCAGCGACGGACCUCUUUGAGCGUAAAGGGGCGCUGUACUCCGAUAAGCCGCAGCUUGUCAUGUGCAAUGAGUUGUGCGGAUGCGAAAACAUUACUGCGUUCACAGGCUAUAGCGACAAGUUCCGCCGCCAGCGGCGUCUCAUGACGAAAGUCCUCGGGCCGAGCGCUAUCCCUUCUUAUUACCCGCUACUUGAGCUUGAGACUCAGGUGUUGCUAAGACGCAUCCUAGAGACUCCUAAAGGCUACUCGGCUCACAUCAGAAGAUACGCCGGCUCCCUGACGCUCCGCAUCGUCUACGGCUACCGCGUGACCGCAAACGACGACUUUUAUUUAAAACUUGCCGAGGAGUGUGGAGAUAUUUUGUCAAAUGGUAUCGCAGGCGGAGGGUUCAUUUGGCUUGUCGACGUAUUUCCCUUCUUGAAAUAUCUUCCUACGUGGUUUCCGGGGGCCGGCUUCAAGCGCAAAGCUAGCAAAUGGAAAGCUAAGAUUGAAGAGUUUGUGAACAAGCCGUUUGAUAUGGUGGUAGCACGCAUGAAGGAUGGCACGGCCACGCAUUGCUCCAUCACUACCCUGAUCGAGACAUCCGAGGACGACAAUAUGACUGACGCCGAAACGGACACGGAUGCGAGGUGGACUAGUAUGUCGAUGUACUUGGCCAAGGCCCAGAAAGAGAUCGACUCGAUUGUCGGACCGGGUCGUCUGCCUACAUUUGCAGAUCGUCUAGAUCUACCAUACAUUGAAGCAGUCUUCAACGAGAUCCUCCGUUGGAGCACUCCCGUUCCUCUUGGACUUCCGCAUCGGUUGAUGGAAGACGAUAUGUAUAGGGGCAUGUACAUUCCACGAGGCACGCUAGUCUUCGGGAACAAUUCGGAGUUGCACUAUCACGGACCAGGCCCCGAACCAUCAUACAAAACUCCCUGUCAUGCAACGCUCCCCUCUAUGCAGGCACAUGAGCCGCAAUCCUGCACUUUUCCUGAUCCAGACGCCUUCAAGCCUGAGCGCUAUCUGGAUAAGGUGGACGAUGCAACAGCUAUAAAGAUGGAUCCUCGGACCUUUGUCUUCGGCUUCGGUAGGAGAGGCUGCCCGGGUUCGAACCUCGUUGAAUCUUCGCUGUGGAUCGUGGUCGCAUCCUUCCUCGCGACCUUCGACAUCAAGAAGGCUACCGACGAGAACGGCCAGAUCAUAGAACCUGCAAUUGUGUACGACGAUGCGACAUCCAAAUCUCGACCCUUUCCCUCGCGCUUUCGGCCACUUGCGGGAAGCAUGUAA